AAGUAAUUGCCAACCGCUCAACUGCCCACUUUCACACGACAAUAAAAAUAUUGUAUAUAUUCAAAUGUGUAAAGCGAAAACUGCUGCAAAUUGACUAACAAAGGCUGCCAAACUAAUUUACAACAACAAGCGUAAUAAAAUUGUAAUUUUUAUUGAAAAAAGUAAACUUUAAAUUAAUACCAAUGAAAUCAUACAAGCGCGCCUGCAACCCACAAUACAACGCUGCUGUGCAAUAAACGGCGAAACGGUGCAGUGUAAAUCGCGCAAGAAAGCAAAAAUACGCAAGUGAAAAGUGUAAAAGUGCCAUAAAACAGCAACAAAAACAAAAAUAAAAGAAUUCAAAUCAUCGCCUAUGAAACGGAAAUAGUCGCAGCGGGUGUGAAAAGGUUUUUGCAGCGAGUUCACGGCUGGCCUUUGUGCCAAAUACGCAAUCAUGUCUUCCUACCGCAGCAGUUAUACGCCUUGGAAAACCAGUUUGGGGUCAUCAUAUAAGCCGAGCGGAUCCAGUGCGUACUCCUCCCGAGAUGAUAUUGGUAGUUCACGCUACACAUCACUCACUUCGCCCAGCACAUAUCGUCCAUCGUUUUCUGGCGGCACAUACCGUGUAAAACGCGACCCACCUUCAAGCCUGCAGACACCUUCAUACACCAGCCGCUACACACCAAGUAUAUCGAGUCGCACUACACCGGUGGUGGACUCUACUGCCGAUCUCAAUGGCACAAAAUCUAGUCAACUUAAGCGCUAUACAACAUCAACCACUGGCAGCCUCAAUAAAUAUGGCUCAUCACGCGAACCAAGUCCGGCUGCACUCGAAAUUACAAACCGUAUGCGCAGUCGGGAGCCAAGUCCAGUUUCGCGGACGCUACGUGGCAAAUCCAGAGAUCCUAGUCCUGUAGUCGACACUAGUUGUAAGAUUGGUUAUGGUGGUCUCAAUUCGUAUCGCAUGUCCACACCAAAAUCCACUAGUAGUAGUAGUUAUAAUUCGCGGUAUGGUAGCGGUACUGGUGGACGGGCAUCCACUGUGACGCCUACAAUGCCGCCAGAUAAAUCUAUUUCGUAUUUAACUGCCAGUGACUUUCAUGCACGUUCGGUAAGUCGUGCGCGGGAAACCGCAGCGAGAAAGUCCAACGAAAAGGAGAUCGAAGAAGAAGAGCAACCGGCGCAGCCGCCCACAGUGGUGGAAAAGAGUGAAAGUGAGAGUAGUAGCGAAGAAGAGGAGGAAGAGGAAAAGUUUGUGGCUGUUUCAGUGGUUACCCGAGCCACAUCGCCGACGCCACCCGGCAGCGCAACAACAGUACAAAGAACACGACGCAUUGACAUUGCAAAAACAAUUGAAAAGACUAUACAACGUUCGACACGUAAGCGUAAGACUUUAGAGAAGGAAAUACAAUCUGACCGACUCGAUGAUUCCACACGUUAUUCACGUUUCGGUUUGAGUAGUCGAGUGCCAUCUUACAGUCCGCAUACGGAAAGUCGUUAUUCAUCGACGAAUUUACGUUACAGUACCAGCCCGCUGUCGACCGUCUCGAAGUCAUCUGCUUCAAACACUGCCAGUACAACCAGCGCAGAGAAGAAAGAUACAACAGCAGCGACUACUAGUAAAGGUACACGCUCGAACACGAGCAGCAAAUCCAAAUUAUCACCGCCAAAAGUCGUGCGCAUCAGCUCCAGACAGUCUUCCGUCGAAAAUCUCACUGCCACUACAAAUGCAAAUAAACCACCUGCGGCACCGAAGGCUGAGUCGCCUACUAAAAGUAGCUCUGGUAGUACGCACGCACCAACAAAGCUACCGAAUAAAGACUUUCGAAAGUCCGCUUUGAAUGUCGGACCCACUGACCGUCCACGUAAGUCACGUACACCCAGUAGUGGGACGGAUUCAGAUCCAGUACAACAAGCACACAACGAUUUGGCAAAUGGUUUGGCACAGCGCAAAGAACGUUCGCCGAGUGCUGGUUCAGAGGUGAGCAAUGUGUCGGCCGCCUCGAGUAGACGUAGCAGUACGACAGGUGAGAGCAAGACACGACCACGUUGUCAUGCCAAAAAAACAUCCUCGUCAUCAUUGAGUCGUCACAACAGCAAUAAUAAUUUGAAAAAUAGUUCACACAAAUCGUGCACACCUUCAACGUCCUCUACUACUUCGAGCAGCUCGACAAGCUCAACAACCACUGCCUCGUCAUCGAGCGGCGCGGAGAGCUCUAGCGAACAAAGAAAAACAAACAAGAAGCAAGGCAAGAAGAAGAAUCUCAACACCCACAAUAAAGAUCACACAGCCAAUAAUUCGACUGUGACAAAGUGUGCGACAACCAGCACAGGUGAUUCUAAUGAUUCGUCGUCGAAGCGAAAAACAAAUGAAAAUAGCAAGGCAGCACAGCAACCACCAGCGCUGCCAAGUACAAAUGAUACGUCGGCGGUAGCGGCGGCUGAAUCAUCGCGCACAAAUUCGAGAUCGCCACUCGCCAGCUCGCAAGAGAAGACCACUAACCGAUUGCAGAAAUUGUCGUCUGUGUCGAAUUUUUUUGCUGCUCGUCAGAGCGAUGCAAAUAGCGAACCGAUUUUCAUUGAAAGCUCCGAGAAUUCGGGGGGCGAUUCAGAGACGGGUCAGCUAAUUGGUAGCAGUCUUACGGCAACAACCAAAUCGAAUACAUCGCCAACGAAUAACGCGACCACAACGACAACGACAACGACUGAUCCUGCACGUACGGAAGCAGUAUCAGCAAGAGCAAUAAAAGUAGCUGAUUUAGAACCAAACUCUACGAAGUCCAAGCGAAAUUGCGACGAUACGAGCCUCGAUAGCCUAGAGGAUAAGACAACGGCGAGAAGUCCGCAGAGUCUAACGAAAUAUAGCAACGCAACCCAAGAUUGUAGCAAGUCUACAACAACGAAAUCAAGUAGUACACACUUCCCACACGAAACAACAGUCACCGAAACGGCGGCGAUCACCAGUGAACCGGUAACAGAUUCCUACACAACUACGGCCACUACGUCUGCGGAGGAGCAAGACGAAUCGAGUUGGUGGCAAGAUACGAGUCGACAAAUAGAUACAGCAUCUGCUUUGGGUUAUCACCAGAAAGACGAUAUGCGCUUCAAGUUGAGACACAUCGAUUCGGGCGAGACUGCCUGGUGGUUACGCAACGACGAUGAUGACACUUUGGCCGAUGUUGAUUUGAAAACAUUGAAUCAGGAAGAGGAAGACCACAGUGAAGCCACUACAGCGCCCACACAAUCGUUGACCAACAAUUCGGAUACGCAAAGCUAUAAUGAGCCGCACAAUUCAUCAUCGCAGGCAAAGUACAGCUGGUGGACGAGUGACAAUAACGAUGAACAGGAGGAGAGUUGUGCGGCGGAAGCGCAUAAUGAAAAUGAUCAAAAUGAGACGAAUUAUAGUGACGAUCGCACAAGUGCGCCGUAUUAUAAAGUGAAUGGUGAAAGUAAACAAAUCGCAAGAAGUCACUGCACGCCCGAAAAGCCCUGGUGGGGUGACUCGAAUGAAAAUAGUAAAGCCGAUAGCAAUAGUAACGGACGGCUGGAGAAAUCGAAUAGUGCGACGAAACAGAAUGGCACAAUACAAUUGAAGAUUUGCCGCGUAGAGUCCGGCGAGCGACCUUGGUGGCUGAGUGAAGUCGAUAAGGAACAAAAGCAUGUUGAGGAAGAACCGAUCGUUGAGGCCACCAUAAAGCUACCGGCGCGUAAAUCGCAGACCGUAGAGCGUUCAACUAGCAGCGGCAGCGCUAAUGCAGGUGACGACAAACGCUGGUGGAUGUCUGGACCCAUGAAGAAACAGUUCACUGUGCGACGUGUGGAGUCGGGCGAGAAAGCCUGGUGGCAACAAAAUGAUGAGGAUGAGGCAAAUAACAAAGAAACACAAAGACAACAGACAAAUGCAAAUUUAGUGCGCGAUAAGUCCAACGAAACGCUGUGGUGGCAAAAUAACGACGAGCAGGCGGAGGAAGCAUAUGCACCGGUGCGAGCACGUCCCUACCGUAGUGAUUCCACGGAAAAAGCCUGGUGGCUGCAAGACGACGAAGAGCAAGUGACACACACGCCAAAUGGUAAGGUACAAAAUGGGGAUGAAGCGGCGCUCGGUGAAGAUAGAGUAGAUCGCGCCGAUACAGAAGUGCAACGUAUCAAUAACGGACAGAUAACUGGGGCGCAACAACAAUCUUUUGGCACCGAACUAAGUAAUUCAUUCAAUUUCGAAUAUUCAGAGCGACCACCACCGCUGGGACAAUGUGCCAGCCCCGUCGACCUUGAGCAAGAAAUGCCACAACAGCUGCCACUCAAACAAACACCAACGCGCAAUCUAAAUCAGUGCAAAUCCCCUUACGAUAACAUUCCAAUGUCGAAAGUUCAAGUGAAUCACUACUAUCAGCCCCAAUACGCGCAGCAGCCGUCGAACACAACAGCGGCAGCGGCGGCGGCAGCAUCACAAAACCCAACACAACCACCUUACUAUCAACAGCCACCGCAACAACAACAAUUACAACAACAGCAAACGCAACAAGCAGCUGAUUACUACACCCCAUAUGGUAGGAGUAUGUAUGGUGAAAAGCUCUUCAUUUCACGUCACCAGAACAUUGACGAGCUUUUAGGUGGUUCGUGUCGUCCAUUAAGUCCGAUCUUCUUGGAUGGCAGCAAUAGCUUUGCUACAGUGCCGGCGAAUCGUAAUCUCUUCAUAGAGGAGAUCACACCCGAUCAAGUGCGCAUACAUGAUAGCACCGCACAAAUGCCGGUCAUUCAACGCAUGGAGAGGGAUGAAUGGGAUAAUUAUGGAAAUGGAAGCGCGACACAACCACCGGCUGUUUAUGAACGAAAUGUGAUUGACGAUGCUGCCAUACAGGUGUACAAAGAUGGUGAUUAUGGCGCCUAUCUGGACUUGGAGUCCUCAUUGGCUGAGCAAGCGGAAGAAAUUGAAGGUCUUAAUUCUAGUCGCAAAAACUCAUUGGUAGUGCGAACACAGCUGAGCGUGCGGGUCCACGCCAUUAUUGAAAAACUACUCUCCUCCGAAGGCAGCGAAUUGCGGCGUGCACUAUUUUCACUGAAGCAAGUCUUUCAAGAGGACAAAGACCUGGUGCAUGCCUUCGUGGCAUUGGGUGGACUCAACUGCCUCGUGCGUGUUGGUAAUGGAGCCGAUCAGAAUUAUCAAAAUUACAUUUUGCGUGCCUUGGGUCAGGUGAUGCUCUAUGUGGACGGCAUGAAUGGCGUGAUGAAACAUGAGCCCACAAUGCAAUGGCUCUACUCGUUGAUCGCAUCAAAUUAUCGUUCUGUGGUGAAAACGGCACUCAAAUUGUUGUUGGUAUUUGUGGAAUACGCCGAAACGAAUUGUUAUGUCCUGGUGAAUGCCAUACAUGCGGUGGACAAGACGCAAGGCACACUGCCAUGGUCGAAUCUAAUGAGACUACUAAAAGACUAUGACAACGCUGAUGCCGAACUAGUCAUCUAUGCCACAUCGUUGAUCAACAAAACCUUAGCUGGUCUAAAUGAUCAAGAUAGUUUUUACGAUGAAAGCGAUUUGCUCGAACAACAAGGCAUGGAAUCGGUGAUACAGCGCUAUAUGUCAAAACCAGGCACUGAUCUGGAUCUGCUGGAUCAAUUGCAGCUUUACGAGGCAGUAUUGAAAUUCGAGGACGGCGAAGCGGAGGGCAUACGCUUGCCAGAGAACUCGCUGCGCAAGACGCAACGACAUCGCCAAAGCACCGACACAGCGGAGCGACGCAAAUCGCGUCGCCACAGCACCGGCACGAGUCCGCAUGUCAGCAAAGUGAUAGCGUCACCAAAGAGAAUGACACCGACGCACGGUGUGCUGGACGAGGAUAGCUCGGGUUCGACGAAUUCCGCUGAGUUUACGGUGAAUGGUGUUUUCAAUGGUGAUAAAGCGCGCGACGGCGUAGGCGUAACGCCCGGCUUGCGUAGACGACGUGAACGCGCCGAGCGCCACAAGAGUUUUCUCAAGGAGCAGCAGGAGGCUGUGGCGAAUGGUAUUUUCGCCGCUUUAGAGCGUCGCGAGGAAAUCGGGCAAAUUGUCACCGCCAUACCAGCAACGGUAAAAAUGGGCGAUAGUCCACCAGAAUCAUUAACCUUAACCAAUGAAGCUAGCAUAAAUCAGAAUCAAAAUAAAAAUCACAACAACAAUAGCAACAUUCAUACCACAAGCAUUGCUAGCAGCAACAUCACCGCCAAUGCCACUAACAACAACAUCAAUCUCAUCAAUACAAAUUCCAAUACAAAUCCGGGUGUUAUUACGUCAACCAACAACAAUAAUAACAACAACAAUUUGUGCAACAUCAACAACAACACGAACAAUAGCAACAGUUUAUUGAGUCCCACCAGACAUUUGUUGGGCAGCAACACCAUUUCGAUCAUCAACAACAACAUCACCGCAAAUCCGUUGCACAGCAACAACAACAAUAAACUACAUGGUGCCCCCGAAUUUUUAACCAAAAAGAAUUUACUAAUGGAACGUAAUGCGACUGUGAUUAACGGCAUCAUGAAGAAUAUACAACGUGUUGGUGGCGAUCAGUUGGAUAACAAUCACAACAACAAUAUAGCGUAUAAGAAAUUCGAAAAUGAUGCGAAUCGGUUGAAUAGCUAUUACAAUCAGCUGAGCACACCAAAGAAUCAAAAUCAAUUGCAACAACAACAACAACUAUGUCAACAACAACAACAAGCAGUCACGCCCACUUUGCAACAUCAAAACUCCAUACAAAGUCCAUCUAUACAAACUGCACACAAUGUGCUGGCUGCUGUCUUGAGCCCCAAGAAAUCCCUAAAUGGCUUCGACUUCACCCAAUCCACACCAAAAACGCCACCAAACACCUACGAAUACAAUCUCAGACAUAAUACGACACCCCUGACAAGUCCAAUUCACACCUUACCCGAAGAACCAAUGACCGUGGAGUACAGUAGUCAUACACCUACAAAUACACCUUCAACACCCACCAAGACACUCUCGUCCCUAUCAACACCAACAACACCAACAACACCACAAACACCUUUAUCCAGAGACUUCACGCCCGUAACUCCGUUAUCACCGUUAAUUGCGCCUCACACGAACUUCAAUACGCGUGCAGCACCUCCUCCACCUCCUCCACCUCCGCCGCCACCAGAUUUAUUGGGUCACUACUUUAUGAUGCCGACGCCACCACCGCCGCCACCGCAAUACGGACUGCAGUCUCCAGCAGACGCUACUCUAGAUAUGCGUCCCGUCGAUAUGGACUCUCUCAAUUCGGGUGAUGUAUUAGCAAUAACAGAAUCCGAUAAUGAGGACCGAAAGCUCUUGCAGCAGCUGAAACGUGAUCACACUGUGAAAGAUCUCACACAGAAAUUGAGCAAUAUGCCAAUGAGUCCGACGCAUGAGGAGAAAUUGCAGAAUCGCAUUGUUGGCGAUAUGUCCGGUCUCAUAUCUAAAGCCAAAGAGGGACUUGCCAAGAGUAAAAGUAAAGGCGAAAUGUCGCGUUCAUCCAGCUUGGAUCAGGACGUCAAAAAGGUGGAACCGAAAAAAUCCGAAAAUGAGCUGCACUGGGAGGAGCUCGUACGCAAUAUGGUACGCCCACUGAAUCUAUGUGAUCUAGACUUUACCGAUUUGAAUUCGGAAGAUGAGAAAGAUAUGUUGGCACCACGUGGCUUGGGUGUGGGGAUACCGCCGCCACCACCACCAUUCGGUGGUGUCAUACCGCCACCAAUGAUGCCACCAGCACACAUCGUAUGUCCACCGCCCAAUAGUCUGAGUAGCAUAGCGCCACCACCAUUGUUCAGCUACAGUGGCUACGGCAGCAUGACGAACAGUGCCAACAGUUCCAUGAAUGGUUCGAUGAAUGGCGAUAUGAGCAAUACGAACACCAUUAGGAAGAAUAAGAAAACGGUCAAACUGUUCUGGAAGGAAGUGCGCGAGGAUAUGAUACCCGUUGUGAUUGGCAAAACCAUUUGGGAUGAGCUACCAGCCUCGAAUGUGGACACACAAAAGCUGGAGCAUCUCUUCGAGUCCAGAGCCAAAGAUCUUAUGACUAAGGAGAAACAACAAGAACUGAAUAAAAGCAAAGAGAUUAUCGUAUUGGAUCAUAAACGUUCGAAUGCAAUCAAUAUUGCUAUGACCAAAUUACCACCACCGCGCGCUAUCAAAGCGGCGAUAUUGAAAAUGGACGCGACGGUGGUGACGCGCGAGGGCAUCGAUAAGCUGUUGAAUAUGUUGCCAACAGAUGAGGAACGCGGCAAAAUACAAGAGGCGCAGAUGGCCAAUCCCGAACUGCCUUUAGGCAGCGCCGAACAAUUUCUACUCACAUUGGCGUCCAUUUCCGAGUUGGGAGCACGUUUAAAAUUGUGGGCAUUCCGCUUGGAUUUCGAUAAUAGCGAAAAAGAAAUUGCGGAGCCAUUGAUGGAUCUGAAACAGGGUAUCGAAAUCCUACGUAAUAAUCGCACCUUCAAAUGCAUUCUGUCGACACUCCUAUCUGUCGGAAUAUUUUUGAACGGUGCACCAGUCAAGGGUUUCCAGAUCGAGUAUUUGUCAAAGGUACCUGAGGUCAAAGAUACCGUACACAAACAUUCGCUGCUACAUCACUUGUGCCACAUGGUAAUGGAGUCGUCGCCAGAUACGACAGAUCUAUACUCGGAAAUCGGACCAAUAACGCGCGCCUCCAAGGCGGACUUUUCCGAUUUGGCACACAAUCUAAGUCAAUUGGAGACUGAAUGCAAGGCGUCAUGGGAUCGGCUCAAGCUGAUUGCCAAGCAUGAUUGUCCACCACAGCUAAAGCAGAAGUUGGUGGAUUUCCUAGCGGAUUGCGCCGAGCGCAUUAUCAUACUGCAAAUCGUGCAUCGACGGGUAAUUAACAGAUACCGCAAAUUCCUGCUGUGGCUUGGCGCGCCACAACACACCGUCUCCGAAUCGAAGCCCAAUGAAUUCUGUCGCAUUUUGUCGGAAUUCGCGCUGGAAUAUCGUACGACUCGCGAACGCGUACAACAACAGCUGGAGAAGAAGGCGAAUCAUCGUGAACGCAAUAAGACGCGCGGCAAGCUCAUUAUAGAUAUGGCCAAAUUCAAAACCAAAGAAGAUCGCGCUGAUGCCGAGUUGAAGGAACUGCUCGGCACAGCCAGCGCGGAUACGCCUGAUGCCAAUGGCACGCUGACAUGGCGUCGUCGACGCGCCGAACAGUUGCGUUCGCCCAUCACACGACAGAGCGAGGAGAAUUUCACCGAUGGCGAUGACGAGAUACUGGAAUCGUUGGUAAAGACAGCGACCAAAGCGCCGGGUACACGUACCACGCCGCGCGAACGGAAGCGCACACGCCAUGCUGAUCGCAAAUCAUCGUACCUAUCGACUAUGUAAACGCGCAAACACCACGAUAAGCGAGUUACAAACACACAAACGAACACACCAGCGCAUUUACAUACAAACAGACACCGUAUAUGUAUUAAAAAUAUUAAAAAAAAAAAUUACAAAAAAUAAUAUUAAACACACCAUAUAAUUCAAAAUUUUGUUUUAACUUUACGCUAACGGUUUUUUGGCUUUGGUUUCUGGUGUAAAAAAGUACUCAAAAUUUUUGUAAUUACAUUCAUCAUACACAACUACAGUUAUACUCUCUUGUAAAUAUACAAAACUAUUAUUAAUUAACUACAAAUAUUUUUAGUAUAUAAUAGAAAUUAAUUUAACCCACUUCCUCAAAUUAUAUCUAAAGCAAAUGUGUAUUAUUUUAUUUUAUUAAUUUCAUAUGUCCAACAAAAAUAAAAAAAAAUACAUAUCUUCACACACUCACAAUUGGGUUACCAUUGGAAAUCGUUAUGAAACUGUAACUCAUCUUAACUUCUCAUAAAAAAUAAAAACAAAAAAUAUAUUUAAAUAUAAUAAAUAAAUCAUAAAAUAAUUGAAAAUGACCAAAAUCGUCAAAACCCAACUCGCUAAACACGUUCGUUUCGCGCUUUGUUUGGCUGCAGUGAAGCGGUCGCGUACGCGUGAAGGAUUCACAGUUGAACGCGCACCAUCGCCA